UCGGGCCCAGCCAUGGCAUCGCUGGAGCCAGGCCUCACUGGGUCCCUGAACCGGGGCCAAGCCCAGAGUUACGGCACCGGCGGGAGCCCCGUGCCCCCGCAGCACCCUGGCACCCGGGAUCAGACCUACCUGGACGAACUCAUCAGCAUCCCCAAGGGCGGCGGGCCCGGUUUCAGCUUUAGGAAACUCUGGGCUUUCACCGGUCCUGGCUUCCUCAUGAGCAUCGCCUACCUGGACCCGGGCAACGUGGAGUCGGACCUGCAGUGCGGGGCGGUGGCAGGGUUCAAGCUGCUGUGGGUGCUGCUGUGGGCCACCGUCCUGGGGCUGCUGUGCCAGCGCCUGGCCAUCCGGCUCGGCGUGGUGACCGGGAAGGACCUGGGCGAGAUUUGCUACCUCUAUUACCCCAAGGUGCCCCGCGUGCUGCUCUGGCUCAUGAUCGAGAUCGCCAUCAUCGGCUCUGACAUGCAGGAGGUGAUCGGGACAGCCAUCGCCUUCAGCCUGCUCUCGGCCGGCCGCAUCCCCCUCUGGGGUGGGGUCCUCAUCACCAUCGUGGACACCCUCUUCUUCCUCUUCCUCGACAAGUACGGGCUCCGCAAACUGGAGGCUUUCUUCGGCCUCCUCAUCACCAUCAUGGCCCUGACCUUUGGCUACGAGUAUGUGGUGGUGAGGCCGGGGCAGGCGGAGGUGCUGAAGGGCAUUUUCCUGCCCUACUGCCCGGGCUGCGGGCGAGAGGAGCUGCUCCAGGCUGUGGGCAUCGUUGGCGCCAUCAUUAUGCCCCAUAACAUCUUCCUCCACUCCUCCUUGGUCAAGACGCGGGCGAUUGACCGGACCAAGAAGGAGGCGGUGCGGGAGGCCAACAUGUAUUUCCUGACCGAGUCCUGCCUGGCUCUCUUCGUCUCCUUCCUCAUCAACCUCUUCGUCAUGGCUGUCUUCGGCGAGGCUUUCUACCGCCAGCGAAACAAGGACGUGCACAACAGGUGCGUCAACAGCAGCGUCAGCCACUAUGCCAGCAUCUUCCCCAACAACAACGAGACGGUCUCUGUGGAUAUCUACCAGGGCGGCGUCAUCCUGGGCUGCUAUUUCGGGGCGGUGGCACUGUACAUCUGGGCCAUCGGGAUCCUGGCGGCAGGACAGAGCUCCACAAUGACCGGGACCUACGCGGGGCAGUUUGUCAUGGAGGGCUUCCUGCAGCUCCGCUGGUCCCGCUUUGCCCGGGUGCUCUUCACCCGCUCCUUCGCCAUCCUGCCCACCGUCUUCGUGGCCGCCUUCAAGGAUGUGAGCCACCUCACGGGCAUGAAUGACCUGCUCAACGUCCUGCAGAGCAUCCUGCUGCCCUUCGCUGUCCUGCCCGUCCUCACCUUCACCAGCCUGCGCCCGCUCAUGCAGGACUUCACCAACGGCCUCCUGGGGAAGGUGCUGAUGACCCUCAUCACGGGGCUGGUCUGCGCCAUCAACAUCUACUUCGUGGUGGACUUUCUGCCCACGCUGCGCGGCCUGGGGUACUACAUCCCCCUGGGCCUGCUGCUGGCUGCCUAUGUGGCCUUCGUCGCCUACCUGAUCUGGACAUGCAGCAUCGCGCACGGAGCCCGGUUCUUGGCCCGGGGCCACCACAGCCGGUUCAGCUUUGGUGGCUCCCUCAACCCGCCGGCACUGGCAGGGACCCGGUAUGUUCUGGCCAGAGAUGCACCCAGCAAGGAAGGGGUUAACAGCCGGGCAGACCUCCCCCCAAGUUUUUAG